AUGAAGUCAAGGAUCUUUGGUUCCUUGUCGAGACCCAGAGGCAAUGUGAGCCGUGUCUUGCGAGCCGGCUUACAGACACUGAAAUCCUCCCUUGGUGGAAGCCGGCUGGAUGGUGGCCAGGCGGUAGCCGGGCCGUGUGCGGAUGCUAGGCCGCGCCAGUCGGAUCGGAGUCUGCCGCCUGUGGCCGCAGCCGCCGGGCCCCUCUGUCCGUGGGCCUCUCCAGCCAAGAACGCGCAGCGGUCGCCGGGCCCUCCUCCCGCGGCUCGCGGCUCGCGCAUCGCAGGCGGCUUCCUUGGCAGAGCGCCCGAGGCCCAGCCGUCACGUAAGCCGCCACGCUUCCCAGAACUGCCCUCGGAGAGACGGGAACACGCCAGCCCUGGAACUGAAGAUGAGCUGUGCUUCAAACAAAAAAGGCGCCACUGGCCAGGCCACCAGACGACCGGUUUCGGGACGGAGUCAGAGCUCGCUGCUGUCUCUGCGUGUAGCUCCCUCUCUGUGCCUGUGAAGCUCUAG